AUGUGCCGGCGAGUAUACAAAGGGAUCCCGCUUCAGGUGCGAGGCCAGGUCUGGUCGCUUCUGUUGGACGUCGAGAAGAUGAAGAAGGAGAAUGAAGGAAAAUACGAGCAAAUGAAAGAACAAGCAAAGAGCUUUUCAUCGGAAAUCAAGCAGAUAGAUUUGGAUGUUAACCGCACCUUCCGAAACCACAUCAUGUUUCGGGAUCGCUACGGGGUGAAGCAACAGGCACUCUUCCAUGUCCUGUCAGCAUACUCGGUUUAUAACACCGAAGUGAGCUACUGCCAAGGGAUGAGCCAGAUCGCAGCCAUCCUCCUGAUGUACUUAAACGAAGAGGAUGCAUUUUGGGCACUGGCACAGCUGCUGACCAACCAGCGGCACGCCAUGCACGGUUUUUUCAUUCCUGGGUUCCCGAAGCUGCAGAGGUUUCAGGCUCACCACGAGCAGAUUUUAAGCAAACUGUUUCCCAAACUGAAGAAGCACAUGGACAAGGAGCAGAUGACUACGGGGAUUUACACGACCAAGUGGUUCCUGCAGUGUUUCAUUGACCGGACCCCCUUCACCCUCACCUUGCGGCUGUGGGAUAUCUACAUUCUGGAAGGAGAGCGGGUGCUGACGGCCAUGGCUUACACCAUCCUCAAGCUGCACAAAAAGCGCUUGCUGAAGAUGACGCUGGAAGAUUUACGGGAAUUUCUGCAGGAGAAAAUUGCCGCUUCCCUGCAGUACGAGGACGAUGCCGUCAUUGAGCAACUGCAGGUGUCGAUGACGGAACUGCGCAAGAUGAAGUUCGACCUCCCCCCGCCAGCAAAGCCUGAGGAGUUCCCACGGAAACCCCUGGGCCUGGAGCUCUCCCUCAACCCCGUAGCCGUGAAGGCCAACGUGGCGGCCAAUGGCCAGAACGGCCGGGUGGGCGAGCACCCCCUGGACAGGGAGCCCCAUCCCCACAGGG